UUUUGUUCUUUUGCCAUUUGGUCCAAUCAUUCAAUUUUGCUGAUCUUAUCGAUUACUUAUGGUUAUGGAGCAAUACAAGAGCUUGCACAACAAUGGCUGAUGAUGAACAACUCAUCGCUUCCCUUCCCAAAGCAACGUCUGUGUCAUCGCUUGCCGAAUUGUGUUUAUAUCAAGGCUUUUGGUGCCCAACCAGAUUACUUCCUAAUGUUCUCUCCUUUCAGAAACACUUUCAAGCUCAGCACCAAGAUAUUCUAGUUGCCUCCGUUCCAAAAUGCGGCACCACCUGGCUAAAAGCUCUCGUCUUUUCCAUCGUUAAUCGUACCCGUUAUGAUUCCUCAACCACCCCUUUGCUUUCUUCAAACCCUCAUCCUCUUGUGCCCUUUCUAGAGUUGGAGGUCUUUUCUAAAAAGGAUGUUCCUGAUCUCACUACAAUUCCGUCUCCUCGGCUUUUCUCCACGCACAUGCCUUAUGCAGCUUUGCCGGAGUCUAUCAGAAACUCCGAUGCUUCUGUUGUUUACAUCUGCCGCAACCCUUUCGACGCUGCGGUCUCUCUUUGUCAUCAUCUCGACGAGCUCAAGUCAAGCAGUGAGGCUCAGAAGUCCAUGGAGGAAGCAAUUGACAUGUAUUUUAAAGGAAUUGCCGGAUUUGGACCCUUUUGGGACCAUGUGUUAGGAUACUGGAAGGAAAGUUCAGAGAAGCCGAAGAAGGUGUUGUUUUUGAAAUAUGAGGAUUUGAAGGAGGACAUUGUUGGUGAGUUGAAGAGAAUUGCGGAGUUCAUUGGAUAUCCUUUUUCAGAAGAAGAAGAGAGACGAGGGAUCAUUCAGGAGAUAGCAAACAUGUGCAGUUUAAGAAGUUUGAAGGAGCUUGAGGUAAACAAGAGUGGCACUUACUUGGAGGUUCAUCCUAACACGGCCUUCUUUAGGAAAGGCAAUGUAGGUGGAUGGGCUGAUUACAUAAGUCCGCCAUUGAAGCAGCGUUUAGAAAAUGUGAUGCACGAAAAAUUAAGUGGAUCUGGCUUGUCUUUCAAGCUGUCUUGAUUUGUAUGUAAUUUUAUCCUUCUGUGAACUUUUUUCUUUGAAUAUGAAAUCUUAUGCAAUUCUCCA